UCGGAGACACUCAAGCUGUCACACCGAGACCGACUACAAUGCAGAAUAUAACGACUCCGCAGUGUGAUCAUUGUCCAAAAAAGACCGAACACCCCACCAAACAUCGUACCACUGUGCUACACACUGAUCAUACCACACAUCGUACCACUGUGCUAUCCACCGAUCACACCACACAUCGUACCGCUGUGCUACCCACCGAUCACACCACACAUCGUACCACUGUGCUACCCACCGAUAACACCACACAUCGUACCACUGUGCUACCCACCGAUCACACCACACAUCGUACCACUGUGCUACCCACCGAUAACACCACACAUCGUACCACUGUGCUACCCACCGAUCAUACCUCGCAUCGUACCACCGUGCUACCUACCAAUCGUACCACACAACGACCUUCUCCUCCACCCAAACCCACGGAAUACAUUGUGGUUAACCUAGCAGGAGAAGUCUGUCUAAGAAUAAAGGCAAUCAUCAAAGUAAUGGUGCACUUUCCCAAGAUCGAAACUAUCACGUUCCCAUCGCCUCCAAUCACAGAGGUUUCUGGAUCUUGUAAUGACGACAUCGCACGGCUAUCCCUGAAAGAUCCAAAAAGAGAGCUUUACCUGAUAUUCAAAGAGGUAUGGAGGGCACAGACUGGGGGAGGGGUGUAAUGGAGGAUAAAAUAUGUCUAAAGAAUCACAGGAUGUCCAGUGGGUACAGAGGCAAUGGCAGUUAAAUAUCAAUGGAAUCUGCUUGUAAUAGGAGGGGACUAUUUGAUUUGCAGCCAGACAAUG